AUGUUCGAACCACAACAACGUUCAGCAAUGACAAACGAUGACGAUACAAAAUUUGCCCUUUCCACAGGGGAUAUUGCUACGUCCAUUCGAAAUCUGGCUAAAAGCUCAACUAUCGUGGCAGAUGUAGCUAAUAUCUGGCUCGAUAUUCUGGGGAUUUUCUUUCCUGAUGAUCAGGGGUUUCGGCGAACUAGGAUUUUGUCCACGGAGAAGCGUGUUUUGAUACAAGUGCAGCGAGAUAGGUACCCCGAUGGGGACGUUUUCGUAGACGAUGAUGACACGUCUCGGGACUUGCAAUUCAGAUCUGCUGAAGAUAGCAGUCAAGUUGAUGUUUCGUUCAAAUUUGGAGUGAUCUCCUUUGGCGCACAGGUCGUAUUCCUGAAAGAUGUGUCAUCAUAUAGUGAUGACCAAGGUGCCUGGUCCUUACACGGAGAGAAGACUGGCAGUUCAAACCUUGUCAAGGCCACUGGACGUGAUAUGGCUGAGGAAUGGUUGCGCAAGAUGAAGGAUAUAUGUGAUGGUUGA